UCGGGGCUGUUUGAAUGAAGCAGCUCCGCAAUGGCUCCGUUCAACGGAUGAGCCUCCCGUCCCGUUAGUGGACAUAUAAUAAUAAUUACUGUAAUAAUGACAACAUGGCCAAGCAGUUGAUCAGCGUCUCUGCAGACCGGGGUGAAGCGGGUCCCGGGGAAAUGAACGCGGACGGCGAGGAUGCGGCGGACGAGCUGUCCCUGGAGGACAUUCUGAUGCUCUAUGGACAGCCGAUCAACGAGGAGCAGGCGUGGGCAGUGUGCUACCAGGGAUGCAGGGCAGCUUCGCCGCUCUACCCUGCUGGACGGGUGGAGGGUCCGGGAGAUGUCCGCAUACAGAAAGACGGAACCGUCAGUUUGAGUUACCAAGGUGUUGCAGAUGAAUAUGGGAAGCCUUGCUCACCAGCUCAGGUGAUCGAGUCGCUGGGCAUCAUGAUCUACAAGGCACUGGACUAUGGGUUGAAGGAGAACGAGGAGCGGGAGUUAAGUCCUCCGCUGGAGCACCUCAUCGACCUCAUGACCAAUGUGGCAGAGGGUGACAUCUGCCCUGACGAGGGCUACGAGGCUCCCGCUGAUGAGGUGGACUCUGCUAAUGUGUGCCGUGUCCAUGGCUACCGGGACGUCCUUAAGCUCUGCUCCUCUCACUUACCCAGCCCCUUGGACGCCCCCAGUCAUUACCAAGCUGUAUGUCGCGCCCUUCAUGCUGAGACGCUGGAGCUCCGGAUGUUCCUACACAAAAUCAAGAGUGCCAAGGAGAACCUGCAGAAGAUGGAGGGUGAGAGAACGGAGGAAUCUGUCCAAGACCUGACAGAGCUGCAGAAUGCUGAUUGGGCCAGGUUCUGGGUGCAGGUCAUGAGGGACCUGAGGCAUGGGGUCAAACUGAAGAAAGUCGAAGAGAGAACGUAUGAUCCCUUACCAUUUGAGUUCCAGCUGACGCCCUAUGAGAUGCUGAUGGACGACAUCCGAUCCAAACGCUACAAACUGCGGAAAGUCAUGGUUAAUGGCGACAUCCCGCCGCGGUUAAAGAAGAGUGCCCACGAGGUCAUCUUAGACUUCAUAAGGUCUAGACCUCCUCUCAACCCUGUGGCUGCUCGCAAACUGAAGCCCCACCCUCCAAGGCCACGCAGUCUGCACGAACGAAUCCUGGAGGAGAUCAAGACCGAGAGGAAGCUUCGGCCGGUGUCCCCUGAUCAGAUUCGAAGGAGCCGCUUGGGUUCUGGGAAAAGCAUCAGCACUCCCCACGUUCAGUUCUGCGGUCCAGAUACAUACACCCCCGAGGCCCCCAGGAGGACGGCCAUCAGUACCCUGGCUCUGACCAACGGGACCCUGCUAGUCCAGAGUGAGGGUAGGGGGCUGACGAGCGCUCAGGCUCUGUCCCAGAAGAAGAAGCUGCUGAAAGCCCCCACACUGGCAGAACUUGACAGCUCUGACUCAGAGGAGGAUAUUACAGGACGCAAAUCAGCCAGCAGUUCAAGUGCAUCCACAUCCUUGAUGGAUGAAACCUCCCCUGAUUCCAAGGGCAGAAAAACUCCGCCCAUGUUCCUGCCUAUUUCGUCAACCCCCCAACCAGAGAGACGUCCCAAGCAGCAGAGAAGACACUCCAUUGAGAAGGAGACCCCCACCAGUGUCCGCCAAUUUGUGCCGCCAACACGACAGAGCUCAAAGUCGCUGGAGGAGUUCUGCUUCCCAGUGGAAUGCCUGUCCCUCACAGUGGAGGAGGUGAUGCACAUCCGGCAGGUACUGGUUAAGGCAGAGUUGGAGAAAUUCCAGCAGUACAGGGACGUGUACAACGCACUCAAGAAAGGGAAGCUCUGCUUCUCCUGCCGAACCAAGAGGUUCUCCUUCUUCACUUGGUCCUACACAUGUCAGUUUUGCAAAAGGCCUGUAUGCUCUCAGUGCUGUAAAAAGAUGCGGCUUCCUUCUAAGCCCUAUGCCAGUCUGCCCAUCUAUUCCUUGGGGCCCAGCACCCUGGCCAAAGGCCAAGCCACCCCGAAACCUGAGAAGGCCCACAGCAGUCGGCACAGCUUUCACCGCACGGUUUCCAGGUUGUCCAGGCAUGGCUCAAAGACAUCCCAUGAUGACCUGGAGCUUCCCAAGGAACUGACAGAAGAUUGGAGUGUCAUGGAGGUUUGCGUAGACUGCAAGAAGUUCAUCUCGGAGAUCAUCUCAUCGAGCAAACGCAGCAUGUCGCUGGCUACCAAACGUGCACGGCUGAAUCGCAAGACACACUCGCUCUAUGCGUCACCGGCCGACUCUGCCGGCUACUGUCCAUCUGAGAGAACGAUCAGUGAGGUGUAGGUGCUGGAUGUCAUCUCUCAGGAGACUAGAUUUGAGCAGGGGCGACUCCAUCAGGUGUUACAGUGAAGUCAGAGGACACAGGCACUCAGGCUGAGGAUUGAAUCAAUGCAGCACAGUCAUAGGGAUUUCUGUGCUAUGGGUGUUGUUGUAGUUGCGUGCUCGUUUUCCACCUCUCAGAAUAACGUAGCUGUGUGUUCUUCAUCAGUGUGUAAUACAUUUGUCCCACUAGGGGGCAGAGGUACAUGAGUGAUGUGGGAGAGGACCCUGCCCUGCCUUGUGGGGACCCCAUCUCAGGAAAAGUGGGCUGUUCCACUCAGUAGGGGGCUGAUUAUACACAUCCCAGCAGCCUAGAGCUCCAGUAAAGCUCUGCUUUUUAUUAUUUCUAAGUGGUUCAAUCUGAGGAGAGAAGAAUGAGGCAUUUACAUAGGUGAUGCAGGUUUUGCCUAUUGAAAAUCUGUCAGAAUAUUUUUAUUAUUAUUGAAUUUUAAUUUCUAUUUUUGAGGACCUUUUUGUGUACGAUUUGGAAAUUUAUGUCUGAAAUUUAAACACGGCACUCUUCUUUUCCUGAUGGGUUAGCCAAAGCUAGUUUUGUUUCAGCGUUCUGUCCUGCUUCUUCAGGGCCAGGAUGGGUACCCACAAUGCACCACCACCUUUAACAACCAUGGCCACACUUUUGUUGAUAUUAUAUACAGUAGUGUGUGAGAGAGCAUAUAGUGGGUGGUUGCUUUAUUUCCCUCUCUUCCUUAAUGGUUUGGUCGGUACCAUAAGAUGUUCUCUGAAUGGUGUUUUGAUCUGGUGUGAUUGUCCAUCAACUACAUUCAGUAGGGUCUCUACGUGUCUUGAACCUCUCGAGGCACCAGCAGGAACAGACAUGAAUGUUACUGUCUCUGCUGUGUGUUUGUACAGUGUUUCCUUGAGCUAAAAUUUUUAGUAUAUUUUUAUUAAUAAUGAUUAUAAUAUUAAUGUUGCACUUUCUCAGUGGUGUGAUCUUGGUUCUUGGCAGAACACUUUUUUUGUUUUUAAAUUAGAUCCUGUUGUUUCUGUUAAUAUCUUGGAUGCAUUGGACCAGCGGUAGGGAGCAGUGCCCCUUUUUCUACUUCAUACAUGUUAUCUGUGUAUAUGUGUUUGUCUCUGUGUGUGUGCGCAACGCACAUUUACUUCAAUUAGCUAUAAACACAGCUGUAUUGAGGGAGGGAGAGCUGUUGGUUGCUGAAGACUUGCUCAUAGGAGAGGUUGAGGUUCUGGAACUCUCCAGCUCCCCUGAGUCCAUAGCAAACCUGCUUCGACAGUUUGCCUGGUGCUCAAAUGCAGUAAGAGCUCUCUGUGGACCAAAAUCUGUUUCCAACCCUAGGAUGUUUUCAAUAUUUUUUUGGAUUCACGGGGGCUACAUGUCCUGACAUCCUUCACGUCUCUGCUUUUUUUCCCCAUUUGAUACCGUAUCCAUUUUAAGUUUAAUCUCUGUUAGACUGGUUCACAUUCAGACACUUCUUUGAAUUCAGUUAUUUCAGCACAUAUGAAAGUGUAUUCAAAUGUAAAUAUUCCCACAUUGGGAGUGGAGUACAGAUAUAGAUUAUACUUUUUAUUUAAAUUGCUAUUUACUUCUGAGAGUUUGUAAUCUAUGUAUUUUCAUUUAUCAACCUGCUUUUUCAUUUGACUUUUUAAAACGGUAUGAUAACUCAUCAAUCUUGGCACUUGUACCUGAAGCUCAGAAAGUGAUGGGUCUGGUCCUAAUGCUAUUACCCCUCAUGCACUGUUUGACACGUCAACUGCAAUGAAUGGAUGAAUGAAUGUGUAGGACACAGAAUAAAGAACCAUCCGAAGUGAGUCGUUA